GGGCCGGGCCGCGGCUCCACUGUGCGCCGAGCUCGUCCUUCAGAGCUCUCGACGCGGCGCCAAUGCGUCUUGCGCCCUGUUCUCUCUCCGGGCCCGCUGUCUUUCUGCACCUUUCCUGCUACGAAGCGCGCUCAGUGCGCUGCCUCGGUGUCCCAAGCAUUAUCUUCGGCUACCGUGAGCUCCUCUCCGCUGCCUUCCUCUGCCUUGGCCUCGGCUGCCUGCCAUCUGCUCCUACGCCUCAGAGCAUCCGACCCUCUGGGCCCUCCAUGGGACUUUUCGCCUCUCCUGGAACCUGGUUCCUGCGUGCUGGCCGUUCCACUGGCAGUGUUUUCUUUCACUCACGCUGGAUUAUGUCUCUCCCUCUCUGCACUUAAGCUCUAGGAACAGUCACAUAGAUCAACAGCAUGAGGAGUAUGUGAACCUGAAACAUCACAUGGAGAGAAAAACCCAAGAAUUGGAAGGAGAGCUUGCUUAUCAGAAACAGGUGAAGCUGCUGACCAGAGAACUGGAGGCACUCAAAGAGGGUGGAAUACAACCAACAGAAUCACUGCAAACAGCAGAAAUGUUUGAUUUGAGACUGGAGAAAGAAAAGCAGUUCAAUGAUUUUGUUGCUGUGAAAGAUGCUUGGCAUGAAGAACUAGCUCAUGUUGCCAAGGAAAAGGGUGCAGUGCCUGCUUCAGUGAAAGAAGCCCAAGUCAAACAAUUUAAAAAGUUGAAGCAGCAGAUACGAGAACUGCAGAUGAGACAUAAAAGUCUGGAAAUUGAGCUAUGCAGAAGAGAAUGGAGUCACAGUGCUUGUUUGAGAAAGAAAGAUACUCUUACUAGAAAGUAUAAACAACAACUGUCUCUAGCAGCUGAGCAAGAAUGGGUUCUGGAACAGAGUAAAAUGCAAGCAGAACUGGACUGGCAGCAGCCAGUCUGUGAGAAUGCUGAGAGCAAUCAGUAUCAGAAAUCAGAAGAUCUAACACAAAGCCUGUCUUCAGCAAGAGAGCAGAUAUUUCAGUAUGAUGAUAAAAGUUGUUCGAGCAGUGAUAUUCCUACCUUGGAAAUAAAAAAGCUGCAGGAGCAGAAUGCCAACCUUCGGGCUGCUAUUGCACAAAUGAGGAGAGAAAUGGAGAGUCUCAAUGAGCAGAUGUUGUCCUCUCUUCCUCUGAGAGAAAACAGACAGCUUGCAGAGCAAGGUGAAAAUUCUUGCCACAGAACUCUGAAUUCAGGUUCAUUGUGCACAAACAAAAUUGCAGCUGGAACCACUAUUAGCAAUAUCAAAGUCAGCUCAACUAACUUGGAUUGUAUAGUAGACCCAGACACAAAAAAGGGACAAAAACCCAAAGUUCUUGAAGAAAAGAUGGUAGAUCUUGGACAACAGUUACCUGACACAGAUCCUGGUGUUGGUCUUCAGUAUGGUGUCAGCUGCCCUCUACAAGGAAUGCAAAAUAAACUGAAGGAAGCAGCAAGAAAAAUCUCAAUUCUGAGCCAAGAGAAGCAGCAACUGAUUGAAAUGGGAAACAGACUCAGGGCAGAACUCGGAAUGGUAUUAAAGGAAGGACUCUGGUAUCCUGUUAGCUGUAAGCGCUGCACAGUUUGUAUUGCCUCUGGUAGUCUUUUUCCAAGAGAGCUUGUCAAAAGAACACAGUGUCAGCUAUCAGCUUUAAAGCAUCUACAGCACAGACUUACAACACAGGAGCUGCAGUAUGCAAAGCAACAGCAUCUCUCAAGGAUCUCUUCUCUAAUUGCCUGCCCUAGCUUAAAGGAAGAAGUUGUUCCAGGCAGCUGUGGGGAAGAAACAGAAUUACUAUCCAGUGAGGUUCAGCUAGAUUUCUCUAUUGUAAAUCAUGGGACAGAGCAACAAAAAGCAGAUACAUCCUCAAAGAUCAUUCAAAGCCAUCCACUCAGGCAGAGUCCUAGUCAAACCCAACAGGUCCAGCUUUCUUCAUCUAGAGCUCAUCGUUUCUGCCAAAGUAUUUGGCAAACUUUAGAAAUGGGAUCAAGCCCUUCCAUUCUCAGUCCUCAAAAGAACACUGACCGAGUGGAGUUUGAAGUUAUAUGUUCAACUGAGCAACCUGAAGAAUCUCAGCAAAAUAUCAAAUCCAAGGAUAAAUUUGAAAUGCCAGCUGCAGAUUUGACAGUUAGAGGAACCAGGCUGGAAGUUCAGCAGAAGUUAAAAUCCAGGAAUUUGUCUUGUGUUCAUUCCGUGAAACCAAAAAUCUCUUCUAAUGUGGCAAAAAUCCGCAACUAUAAUAUUAAAGACUGAUUUGUGUGUUAGCAGCAAGUUCUAGGUCUAUACUUGAUAUUAACUUACUUUGAAAUCUAUAAAUCAGAUGUAAAUAUCUGCUUUGGUUUUUUAUGUCGAGUUGGGAUGCUUGCAGGCAAAAGAGAGAACAAAUACCCCGUUUCAUACUGUGAACCCUAAAAUAAAGGGUUAAUCUGUGUACAUUAUGAGAUUACAGUCUUUGCUGCUAAUACUGAUUUAUUUUAAUUAUAUAUGUUAAAUAGUGCUUGCAUCAUGGAUUUAGAAAUGCCCAGUUAGUACAUAUGUAAAGCCUAGUGCCUUUAGGCAGAACUCGCAGGUCUUUAGCAAAUAUUUUAUUGAGAAACUGUAGAUGUGAUUUAAGCUUAGAAGUGGGAUGCCUCAACCUACUUGUGUUCUUAUAAUUACCAGUGCAACCGUUAAUCCUGUGCAUCUAUCUUUCUACCUGAAAGGGAUUCCAAAAGAUUACACCCAAAUCUGUAUUGUUUCUCAUCUUCUGUAGCUCUUUCCACUUGUUCAGACAGCAUGAGAGUAUAGAAUUAAACUUCUGUUGUCACACCAGUAAUUAUAUUUUUCUUUAACAAGAGAUUGCAUGGAGUUUAAAGCAGUGAAAAACAUAUUCAUUAGCAGCACUUAGAAUUGUACAGGAACAUUGUAAGAAAUAACUCUUAGAACAGAUGAAACUAAAAGAAAACUUGAAUGAGCUGUGAUAUAAUGAGGGUUAUCUAUAUUGUUAUGAACACGCCAGGACAUUGAAACAAGUAAUCAGUGUAUUUUUGUAACAUUUCUGGUAAUGCUGAGCUGUCUUGGGAUAUUAAAGUGAUGAACUUUACUAUAAGUAUGGGAAAUACACAUGAAAAAUGCAAGAAAAUCCUUUUUCAGUGCAAGGAUGGUGAAGCACUGGAAGGGAUUGCCCAGAGCGGUUAUAGAUCUCCAUCUGUGGAGAUACUCAAAACCCAACUGGACAUUGUUCUAGGCAGCCUGUUCCAGGUGACCCUUCUUGAUGGGUUGGACUGGGUGAUCUCAAGACGUCCCUUCCAACCUAAGCGAUUCUGUGAUUCUGUGAGUGGCAUCACUGAAGUGAGUAAUACUUCUCAGUUGCUGCUAAAAACAUACCAAAUCUAAACAGGAUUAAUGAAGAGAGCUACUUACCCAUGAGUGCUUUUAUUUUUUCUGUAGAAGUGCUUUCCUGGUACUCUGCAAACAGCUGUUGUCUUUGGCAUUGACAACAUGGUAGUAAUCAUUUUGAGAAUUUGAAUAAUUAUUUUUCUACUCCCUGCUGAAAAUGUUCUGCUUUAGUGCAAAGGUGUUACGAUAUUAUAAUCAGAUGCUAAAGCUGCAAUAAAUUUCAUUGAGAUGUUA